GUAUGAUUCAGAGGAAGGAGGUGGUACUCUCAGUCCUAGGGGAGCUGCAGGAUGCCACAGAGAGCUCCGGCCUGGACGCCCUCACCAGGGUAGCACUGGAGGUCUACCAGGUCCUGACCCCCUUCAACCUGCCUUCCUCCCCCUACCGUGAGUUCCCUGACUGGGCAGGCAUCGACGGCGUGGCCCGUAGCCUGUACCCUGCAGAUGCUCCCGGAGGCCUCCUGCCUCUGGUCUGUAAGGGAGAGGGGAACUUGCUGUUUGAUGCAGCCAGCAUGCUGCUAGUGGGGACCGCUAGUCUCAGGCUGGAGCUACAGGUGAGGAAAGAUUGACAGUGUGUCAAUCAAAAGCAAAAUAUGAGUUUCAAUUACUUAUUUGUAUGUAUUUUGUGGAUUUGUUUGUAUUUUCUGGUUUGGCAAUGUCAUUUGUUUGUGGAUAAGAGCUACUAAGAAAUUAAUCUUUGUGUUUUGAAAAUGCAUUUUUUGUGUUAAAUGCAAAACGUACUUUUAAGUAUUUGUAUUUGACUAAAACGCCUGAACUCCCAUUCUCUCCAGGUGCGUACGGUGGUGGAGAUGCUGCUGUGGAAGAGAUACUACCUGGGUGGUAUGAUCGACUCUAAGGUGAUGCUGCAGGCAGCCAGGUUCAGCUUGUGUGCCGAGGAGUCAGAGGACAUGCUCAACCUCCCGCUCUCCGUCCUCGAGGCUAUCUUCGACGCCGACGUCAAAGCCUCCUGCUUCCCCGGCUCCUACGCCAACAUGUGGCACCUCUACGCCCUCUCCUCUGUCCUCCGGUGCAACAUCUACUCUGUCUACCCCAUGUACAACCUCAAGAUACGACCCUACUUCAACCGCCUGAUAAGACCGAGGUCCUACCCCAAAGAUGUGAACCCCGUCACCAUGCACAUCAUGUGGUCUGGAGAGCUGGAGGGAGGCUCCUCUAGCUCCAGGUUCAGACCCAGAGUCUUUGUAGCGUUAGUCCAGGCUAGUGACCUCCAGGUGGGCAGUCCUAACGACGAGCUGAGGGUCCCCCCGCUGAAGACCCUGGAGCUUCUCAACGGGGACUCUCACCUGUCCUAUUCCAGUCUGAAGGACAAGUACAACAUCACCAAGAGCACCUUCUACCGCUGGAGGCGGCAGACGCAGGAGCACCGCAAGAAGUCUGCUGCCAGGUACAACUUUUCGUACAGUUUCCUGUCUGUUGUAGAUACUGUCUGAUGAAAUCAUGGCACUCAGACACAUUCACACUUCUCUGUCUUGUAUUGUUUAUUUAGCUGUAUGUUUUAACCUUCUGUUGACAUUUUUAUUACUAUUAAUCUGAUCUCUUUCUGUGAAGGUACGAGGCCAAACACUUCCUCCAGGCGUGCUAUCUGGAAGGGAAGCUCAUCCCACUGCACCUGUUUAAAGAGUUAUUCCCUGAGAUCUCCAGGUCCACCUACUAUGCAUGGAAGCACGAGCUGAUCUCGUCCGGCGGUAGUUUCUCCACGUUGUCCGCGGGGGAGGUGAGUCCAGGGGACAGCACGGAGCAGGAGUCCUGGUCCUCCCCAGAGUCCAAGCCCGGGCAGGAGGAGGACCAUGAGGUAGAGCCAGACCCAGAGCGCCACGACAGCGUGGCCAGUCUGUUCGGCCUGAACUACAACAGUGAUAAGAUGGAUGGAGAACGGGCCCAGAGCAUGGCGCUGAUGCAGGAGGCCAAGAAGGUUCUUCAGAACUGCAUCGCUAUGAAUACAUCAUUCCCCUUCCGGAUCUUCAAGAGGAGCUUCCCUGGGAUCUCCAGGUCAGCUUAAAUGAUUUUACUGUUAUUUAGCUUAGCCUUUAAUACAUAUUUUAUUAAUACAUACAUUAUUAUUAGCCUUCAAUAAUAAUACUUUUUGUUUUUCUUCUUGAAUUCAUUGAUUUUUUUGCCUUCUGUUAGUUUUUUUUAUCUCCUUAAUUUUAUUGAUUUCCUGUAAAGUGUGUUGCAAUUUUAAAUGCACUUUUAACUAAAAUUUGAUUUGAUACAGGUCAACUUACUACAACUGGAGGAGAGAGGCCAUGCUAUUUAACCGUGGCUACAAGGUUGGGAGCAGAGAAAACAGCUUGGAUGCGGAUAAGAGUAGUCCCACCGGUGGUCUGUCCCCUAUCGUGGGGACUGAGAGCCAUGGUCACGCUGCCGCCGUCUUCCCCAGAGCGAAGAUCUGUAGAAACAACCAUAAAGGGUUCAGGAUGGUGUUCCUACGCAGGAAGAAGCUCAGAGAAGCUGCCAAGGUGAAGGUCUGGAGGUCAAAAUGGCCUCUGUCUAGGUUCAGAGUGAAGUACCCCUCCCUAUCCCUCUGUUUCUAUUGGCUGUGGCGAAACAGCGCCAGUCGAACCAGGAAGGAGGAAAUCACCACCCCGUCACUAGAGAUGGACAGGUCUGAGGUCAUUAUUAUGGAGAACAACAACAACGCAGUGAAAGGGAAUGGGAUGAUGAUGAUGAUGAUGGCAGAGCGUGAGAUAAAGACGAGGGCUCCAAUUCAGGACGUGUUCUCCUUUGAGGGGGACCCAACAGAGGAUCUGAGGGGCCCUGUCACCAUGGCCUCUGUGACAUCCCCCUUCGACGCCCCCCUCCCUCUACCGAGGUCCCCCCUGCUCCUCCCCCUCACCAACCCAACCAAGAUGUCCGCCGCCACCACCGCAACAGACGACCAGAUGUUUGUGAUGGAUCUGGUGGUCCUGGCCAACUUCAAGGCCAAGGCCAAACUGUUCCUCCAGCAACGCUUCGAGGAGAAGUCCUUCCCCACCUUCAAAGAGUUCAGGUCCUACUUCCCCCUGACUCCCCGAUCCACAUACUAUAUGUGGAAGAGGGCCCUGCAUCACGGAGUGCCACUGGUACAUGGC